UCUACUGGGCUGUUUGACUUACAGUUUUCCUCAGCAUGCCGACAUCAGAAUUGGCGGCCCCGGAUAACCCGGCGUUCGAGAAUGACAGUUCAGACAGAGCCCAAAAUGGAGAUGUACCAUCUCCCCCCGAGGAACCUGAAGACCGGGGUAACCGGUGUUCCCGGGGGGUGGGGACUCUACAGACAGCUGUGACGUCAGCCUACACCAAACAUGAGAAGGCGGUGUGGAUGGUGAUCAAGAUCCUCCUCAUGGUGGGAUACAUCGGCUACUUCGGAUAUGCGAUGUAUUACAGAUUCGGUGACGAGGGAUCCUACCGACUGAUGGUGGUCACGGUCCUGGGUGCCUUCAUCAUUCUGUGGGGUAUAGGGGGAGGCUACGUCGUGAACGGCAUGAAGAACAUCUACGGGGGCUGCUUGCGAUACUACGGCAGUAACAGAUGCCGGACAUUUCACCUCUCCCUCCGAUGGUUCCUGUACGUGUGUGCGGCUGUGUUUGUCGGUGUAUACACGGGGGUGGAGAUCGGGGUAACCCAACCCAGGAACCUCAUGUCCCUGAUUGGCAUCGCGGCCUUUAUCGUGGUCAUGUACAUCACAAGCGUCAACCCAGCCAGGGUGAACUGGCACCCUGUGUUUUGGGGGAUGACGAUCCAGUACGUCUUCGCCUGUCUGAUACUGAAGACCACGUGGGGGUACGGUGCCUUUGAGUGGCUUGGGAACAGGAUGACGGAGAUCCUGGAUUACUCUAACACAGGCGCCCAGUUUGUGUUCGGGGACAGAUAUCAAGACCAUUUGUUUGCCUUCAAGGUAUUGCCUGUCAUCGUGUACUUCAGCUCCCUCAUCUCUGUGCUAUACUAUCUCGGAGCUAUGCAGGCCAUCAUCCGGGUACUUGGAAGGUUCCUAUCAUUCUGUCUGGACACGACGGCAACGGAGUCACUGAACGCCGCCGGCAACAUCUUCGCUGGACAGACUGAGGCUCCUCUAAUGAUACGUCCCUUUAUGAAGACAAUGACGAAGUCGGAGUUGCACGCCGUCAUGACCGGGGGGUUCGCCACCGUAUCCGGCAGCGUCCUCGGCGCGUAUGUCACGUACGGGGUGAAGGCUAACCAUCUGCUAGCGGCGUCCGUGAUGUCCGCUCCAGCAGCUCUGGCCAUCUCCAAACUGACCUAUCCAGAGACGGAGAUCACCAAAGAUAAUCAGAAAGACGUUUACAAGUUAAAGAUGGACUCACAGAACAACGUCAUUGAGGCCGCUUCUAAAGGAGCUUCCGAUGCCAUAAGUCUUGUUGCCAACGUCGCUGUCAACGUCAUGGCGUUCCUGGCGCUGCUGCAGCUCAUCGACGCCUCGUUAACGUUUCUUGGAGACAGGGUCGGCAUUGUGGGUCUGACCUUCCCGUUGAUCUGCUCCUAUGUGUUCUACCCAAUCAGUUAUGUGAUGGGUAUUGAUCCUGUCGACUGUCGGCGAAUGGCCAGGCUGAUUGGCUUCAAGACAUUUACAAAUGAGUUCGUGGCGUACAUUGAGAUGGGGAAACUGAUAGAUAACGGUCACAUAUUUGACAACUAUACAACAACGUUACCUAACGCCACGUGGGUAACUCAACCUAAUGACGACAUCUUCUUGACGGACUGGGGCCAAACCUUAGUUGGUGGAAUUAUGCUGAAACGGUCACAGGUUAUCGCAACUUAUGCCUUGUGUGGGUUUAGCAAUCUCGGCUCCAUGGGGAUCCAGAUUGGAGGAUUAGGAGCCAUGGCUCCAUCUAGGAGCGGGGACCUGACGCAAUUAGCUUUGAGAGCCAUGAUCGCAGGCAACGUGGCCUGCUUUUUGACAGCGUGCAUUGCAGGUCUUUUCUACACUGGAGACCUGUGAACAAGCGAUACUGUGAUGACUUAAGCUAAGAACAUGGAGAGGCAGAUGUAUGUCUACAGCGUGCAACAAAGAAAAUACAGUAACAGCAGAACUACCACAACUAACUUGGCAAUAAGUUGAUUGAAGCCAGAGAGUUUGCAAAGGGAUAAACGGAUAAGAACUGUACAGGUUAAUGAGGUAUAAGAAAGGAGGAGAUGUUUAACACUUGCUGUCAUGUUCAAGUUAGCACAGGUCAGUGAUCCAUGUAUAUACUCUUUAUGACACAUUUCAACAGAUAUUUUCAUGUUAGUGUCCUGGACAGGCUGUAUGUUUUAUGUAUAUUGAUGAGUAUUUCAGUUAGAUCACGACGUAUGAAGAAAUAUUUGGAAACAUGAUAAAGGCAGAUCGGGAUUAGAACUCCAGAUCGUAGAAGUUUGGCAGGUCUAGGGGAAGCAACUCGAAUUUCACACACACAGCGAAUUUCGGCGCCUUAAGCUGAUGGGUCGACCCAACGUGACACUUGUAUGAAGUUUCCUUCAACUUUGAACUCUAUGAAUUAAAAUCAGUAAAGAUCCAGCAGGGCUUAAAACGAGACCUUGCUGCACCUGCAAUACCGUCUUUAUUCCGGUGAUGUAUGACACAUUACUUCGUGGGUUAAAAGAAUGGUAUUAUAUAUAUUAUACUACAAAACCACCACAAAGUAGAAACAAUUACGAGAUUAGAACCCGACAGCUCCUCCAGAAGUAGGAUCACAUUUAAACGUUGAUGACAGAAUCAGGUGUUUUUGUGAAGCAAUAUAUUUUGUAUGUUGACAUUGUCACCAGUCCAGAAAAUUCCAAAACCGAAACUGCUCUAGAGGAAACGUAUUUCGUAUUUAGUUCAAUUACUGGACCGAUGCAGGAAGAUCAGUUUUAAAGACUUUUAGAGCAGGAAUUCAGACGAAAAUCUUAGUUAAAUAAAUUAUUAGAUAAUUUCAAAAUCAACACCAUUUCAGUUACAGUGGGGAUUCGUGAGUAAGUUAUAGAAUGUAACCCAAGGGAUCACAUAUUUUUAACACUAUUACAUCAUAGUGUGACUCUAUAAUGGCGAGGGAUUGUAUUACAACACCAAUUGUAUAUUAGUAAUCUGGAUGUAUUAACAUAUCUCAGGGAAAUUGCCUGAAGGCGGUGUAGCUUAGUGGUUAAAGCUUUCGCUGGUUAAACCGAAAGUGUAUGAAAUCCAGAUCUUAAUCCUUAUACAAAACUUGAUGCAUAUCAUGUAUACACUGAUAUUAGCUUUCUGUAUUGUAUGCUAUGAUUUUAUAAAUAAACAAAUCUGAAAACAUUGUGAAAUGUGUGAUUUCACCAUGUAUAUUUAUAUCGAAACGUUGUAUAAAUGUCCUUCAAACCAGAAUGUUGUUCUGAUCACAAGGACCACACAUAGCA